AUGGCUCGCUCAACAGUGCCCACCAUACCGCAAUACCGCACCGCCAGUACGGCCACCACCUCCAGACAGAAUGCACUCCCACCUUCCCCCACAAACACCGCCUACAGCCGCCGGGGCGGGCGUUCCAACUCUGUAGUGACUUCUGUCCGCCGCCAGGGGAUCUCCCUCCCACCCACUAGAGCUUCGACCCAUGCCGAUGACAGCCCCCCUUUCGUCGUCGCUCUUUUACAAGGCAAAGGCAGUGGUAAUGAGAUAGGCGUCGCCGCUAUCUGUCUUCUCACAGGAAAGACUGUCGUCACGCAGAUUGCAGACAAUGCCACUUUCCACAAGACAAUUCAACAUCUCUACUCACAUCCCCCGAGCGCUAUCAUAGUGCCUGACACCAUGCUUCAAGACGACAACAAACGACAGUACCGCAAGCACGAGAGGAGAACUAUUGGAGAUGGUCUUCUGGUAGAACAGCUGGAAGAAGAGUUCGAGAUCGAGUGCAUGGGCGUUGCAAGAGCGUUGUGGAACAGGGAAACAGGCCGUGACUUUGUGGAGUCUCUAGCAGUGGAUGAUGAGCUCAAAGCCUCAACUUUGAUGGCCGUCGAGGACAAAUUCUACGCUCUCUGUGCGGUUUCGGCUCUUUUUAAGUAUCUGAAGUUGGAGAAAGGUAUCGAGAUCCAAGAGCGAAGCUUGCGCAUCCGAUAUGCAGCAUCAGAAGGAACCAUGUUUAUCGAUGUGGAUACUGCGAGAAGCCUGGAACUGGUCCGAAACGGCUUGACCAACAAGACGACCAACACACUUUUCUCUGUCCUAAACCAUUGCCACACGCCCAUGGGCUCUCGAUUGCUGCGCACCAACAUCUUGCAGCCCGGUAACUUCGUCAAAUUGAUUGAUGACAGGCUUGAUGCCACGCAAGAACUGGUCAAGUGCGGAGACAAGUUGACUAUCAUUCGUUCAAAGCUUGCAUCCGUGGCCCAGCUUGAUCUGGACUCGAUACUUUCCCAGAUAUCUCAGCAGCAACUUCACAUCAUGGAAGUGAACGUCACAGACACCCGCAUAUCUCUCUUGCUCAAUCUGAUGGAGUAUCUUCAAGUGGUACAGGCCCUGCAAGAAGAGCUGGCCAACACUGAAUCCCACAUCCUUCGAUCUAUCGCCAAGGACUUCUCCGGACAGCAGCUGGAUCACGUCUUCGGUAUCAUUGAUGCUUGUCUUUCGCGAGAGGUCUCCGUCGGUAAAAGCGCAAAAGGUCAGAACUCGAGGAUCUCCCGACUGUUCGCCGUAAGAGCCAGUUUUGCACCUCUACUCGAUGUUGCAAGACAGACAUAUCAGGAGAAUUUGCAGGACAUCUACGACUUAGAAAAAGACAUCUAUGCAACCCACAACUUCACCUGUCAAGUCGAAAACAAGGGGAGCAACUUUUACUUCACCGUACCUGCCAAUGACAUCGAAGACGCUCUUCCCUCCGAGUUUUAUGGGGUGGAAAAGAUGAAAAACAAACUGGCAACGGAAAAACGUAUGCUAACGAGACAGGAAUCACAGCUCAAACGAUGUGCCAAGCUCUCUCAAUCCGAGCAAGAGGUGCUCCUCAUCAGCGGUCAGAUUGUCGUAAACCUCAUAUCGGAAGUCAUGGGUACUCUCAGCGGACUCUAUCAUUGCACAGAAGCUGCGAUAAGCUCAUAUAGCCUGGGCGUGCAAGUGAAACUAUUGACAUUGUCACAAGUCCGACCCGAAUUCAGAGACACUUUAGCGAUACACAGCGGACGCCACCCCAUACUCGACAGGACUCUAGGUACCGGCGAAUGCGUCCCCAACCACGUCUAUGCUUCGAGAGGUUCUGCCAACUUUCAGAUCAUCCAAGGACCAAACAUGUCCGGCAAAAGCACGUAUCUCAGGCAGAUCGGUAUACUGACCGUCCAAGCCAUGGUCGGCUGUUUCGUGCCGGCCGAAUAUGCUUGUUUUCCUCUCCCGGACGCUUUGCUGAGCCGAUUGUCCAACGACGAUUCAAUGGAAAAGUGUCUGUCAACUUUUGCGGCUGAGAUGGCUACUUCAGCAAUGAUACUUGGUCUUGCUACGCCCCGCACGUUGGUCCUCAUCGAUGAACUGGGACGAGGAACGUCCUCCUUGGAAGGGAUGGGUAUUUCGCAUGCCGUUGCAGAAGCUCUGAUUACACGCAAAACUUUGGUCUUCUUUGCAACUCAUUAUCAAGACCUGGCGGUGAUCCUCGGAAAUCUCCCUGGAGUGGUCAAGUCACACGAUGCAAGCAAAGAAACAUCCUCCGAGUUCACCUCCACUUUCUCUUACAAAGUUGCCGAAGGAGCAGCACCUGUUUCGCACUACGGCUUGGAGACCGCAAAGCUCGCGUCGUUGCCCGAGCCGGUGAUUAAGAGAGCUACGGAGGUUGCGGAGAAGCUGAGUGCUUUGGAAGAACAAGGUCGGCAGUCAAGUUUAUCGAAUCUCACUGUUCACAGACGCAAAGUCCUCUGGGAGCUUCGGGCAAAACUCAAGCAAGUUGCCAGCACGUCUCGACUCGACAAUGCCUCUCUUGCAAGAUUCUUGCAGGAUUUGCAGAAACAGAGCUAUGAAGACUUGCAUCAGUCUUUGCAGCUCACGACUCAAUCCAUGGGAUCGAGGAGUCAAGCUUCGUGA